AUGGCUGUGGAGAGGCAUUGGCAAGCUGAGGUCAGACUUGCGCCUCAGGGAUACCGCGUGGCUAAGCAAAUAGGCUCGGAGACUAUAGUAGUGGAGGAUGUGGCUCUUUUUGAUACAGCGGCGGCACUUGAUGUCGUCAAAGAGGAGGCGGAGCUUGUUGUCGGCGUCAGAGACAGCGGAGCCGUUCCUCUUGACUGGACCAAGAUAGUGGUAAGGACCGGGAUCGUGAAGCUACUGGCACUGGUGCCUAUCGUAGUCGACAUGGUGAUUAGGGUCACAGUUGACGUCUGGGCCGCUGCAACUAUCGUGGACGUCCCAGUACUCUGA